CGGACUAAGGUGCCACCCUUUAAAAAAUGAUUCUUAUUUUAAAAAGAAUCAUUAUUAUUUAAAAAACUAAUUAUUCAAACCCUACCAAAGAUUUUUCAGUGUAAAGUUAAGUCUUCUUCCCAGCCUAUAUUUUCCUGUCUCUCGCUAGAGGCAAUAAUUACUGUCAGUCUCCUGUGUAUCUUUCCAGGUGUAGCCUAUGUGUAUGUCUCUAUGUACAAACCCUACCUGUUUUAUUUGUAAACACAGCAGAUUAUGCACCCUGUUCAGUACCUUUCAUUUUCCACCCAGUGAUGCAUUGUGCGUAUCGGAACACAUCUGUCUUGGUCUUUUUGAUGGCUGUGUAGUAUUCCACUGCGAGGCCCCCAUUGAUGGAUAGGCUUGCAAAUACAAGGGAUGCUGCAGUGAACAUCCUUGUACAGGUGACUUCAGGCACCCGAGGAAGCAGAUCUGUCGGAAACAACAGGGCGUUCGUUUCCAACAGUUCCAGAUGGCUCAGCAAUGCUCCCCAAAUGAGUAUUUUGACGGAUUGCUGAAUGUUUGCAAACCGUGUCUCCUUCGAUGUCCUAAUACCCCUCCUCUGAGAUGUCUGCGUUAUUGUAAUGCAAUGAAAGGAACCAACGCCAUUCUCUGGACCUGUUUGGGCCUAAGCCUCCUCGUGUCUUUGACACUUUUCAUACUGAUGUUCUUGCUAAGAAAGAUGAGAUCUGAACCGUUAAAGGAUGAAUUUAAAAGCACAGAAUCAGCUCUUCAGAACAAGGCUAAUGCUGACCUGGACAACAGAAAAGACAGCAGGACCGGUGCAGAAAUUCUUCUUUCCAGAGGCCUGGGGUACACGGUAGAAGAAUGUACCUGUGAAGACUGUGUCAAGAGCAAAGCGAAGGUCGAUUCUGACCAUUUCUUCCCACUGCCAGCGAUGGAGGAAGGCGCAACCAUCCUUGUCACCACAAAAACAAACGAGUACUGCAACUGCCUGCCUGCUGCUGGGAGCGUCACAAGGAUGGAAAAAUCCAUUUCUACCAGAUAAUUAACCAUUUCGACUGGUGUAGAGCUGCUUUGAAAAUCUCUGGUCACAAGGAAAAGAUGAUAUAUCAGGUCUCUUUAGGAUGCUUGCACUUAUCAGUCACUGAAACAGCUUUUUGUCCUCUAAUUCUGGAAAAUCUUUAUGUUAAGAUGUAUUUCUCUUAGUGUUGGGAGCUUAACUGUGGAAACUUUCUUGGUUUCAUGAUUAAAUUCUUGACUCACUGAAAAAAAGGACUGCAGUGUGUCGAUCCCAUAGUCACACAUUUCUAUGGCUAGACCAGUUCCCUUCG